CUUGUCCUGAAACACCUGGCUGGAGCGGAUCCCGAACUGGUGCUGCUCAACUUUAAGUAUGAAGAGUUGCAGAGAAUUCCAUUGGCUGAAAUGUCCCGGGAAGAGAUCAACCGGCUGGUGAAAGAGUUGGGGUUCUACCGGAAGGAGACGCGCGACUCACCUGUUCCGGAAGAGUUCCAGCUUGCCCCCGCGAAGCCUCUGCCUGCCUCAGAAGAAUCCCAGAGAGAACAGGCGGCAGAGAGGAAAGGGGCGAAGGGCAGCGAACUGUAAAUCUGGGUGCCUUUGAAAACUGCAGGGGUUGUGUGUGUCGGCAAGGCGUGAGAGACUGCUGGCGUUCGGAACUUGCAGCCUCUUAAGACUUCCAGCAAGGCAUCCUCUCCAUCAGGGGUGGGCACCUUGUGGGCCUCCAGAUGUUUUGGCCUACAACUCCCAUCAGCCCUGGAAAGUAUAACCAAGGAUGAGGGAUCAUGGAAGUUCUAGGCCAAAAACAUCUGGAAUUGUCCAUCCUGAUCCAGCUGCUUCCAAGUAUCUCUUCACAACAAUGAGGGACAGAAACUUGCUUUAAAAACAAAAGCGGUGGAUUCUUUAGUCUCUGCCACAUUCUUCGGCUACUCUGCUCUCCAGGAGCAAACACACAGCCCUGCAAAUGCCGCAGCAGGUCUGAAAGCUCUUGGUGCCGAGUGUGGACAGAUGAACGCGCGCAUGGCAGGAUCUACAGAAC